CUUUUUUUUUUUCUUUCUUGUGGCAAAGCACUUUGGUCUCUUAGAUCUUGACCAACCCUCGAAAAACCCUUUAGAGAAAGAUACAGAGCAAGCAAGCAAGCAAAGCUAAUGUCGUCUCUGCUUCUCAGCCUUUCUUCUAGGCCAUCUCUCCGCAAACUUUCUCUGAGAUGCCACACUCUUCGGGGGUUCUGCUCCUCCACCACAACCAACCCGUACUUGAUGUAUUGUGUCACCUAUUGUGGUGAAUACCCAGAGGCCGGAGCAAUGACAAAGCUCCGUAUGUUUGACCCGGCUAAGGAAUACUAUCUCACCGUCGGUGAUAAGCCACUUACCAAAGAGUUAGCUAAGUCGAGGCUGGUGGGAAGUUCCCAUGGAUGGGGAGUUUUUAUUAGCUCCCCGGAUUCCAUACUAAUCAGCGACUACAGCAAUCCCUCGAGCUCCAAAUCAAACCCCAAGAUGAUCCCUCUGCCUCCUCGGCAGCAUGUAGACUCUUGUCAAACUGAAUUGGUAAGUGGCGUGGCAAUGUCCUCUUCUCCUGAAGAAGAAGACUUUGUUUUGGCUGUAAAGUUCAUGGGACCUCUGGUGGGUAUAUAUACGCCCGGUCAAGCCGAUGAGGGGCACCUCCGCUAUCUUCCCACCGUUGCAUUCGGUUAUUUGGAACAAGGCAAGUUGAUGUAUUCAAGGAGAGAUCAAAGGUUCUACAUGCCAUGUUCUGGAGGCCAUCACUUGUGGUCUUGGGAUGGAAUAAUCUCCACCGACCCUCAGUACCAUGAAUUGCGCUUUCACAACCUCCCUCAGUUUUCACUUUCAGAGUUGCAACUUUUGAGUUCUUGUCACAGGACACAACAACUUGUGGAGUGUCCCUCGGGACAACGUUUCCUGGUCAAAUGGUAUGUUCAAAGCCAUGGCAAGUACGUUAAAAGCUUUGUGCAUAGGUCGGUAAAAUUCAAUUUUGGGGGCACGAAGCGGUUCAUGGUGUUUAGAGAGGAGGAAGAUAUGAACAUGUGUUACACAGAAGACAUUGGUGAUCUCUGCAUAUUCCUCGGCGGCAAUAACGAGCCUUUUUGUGUCAAGGCCAGCUCAUUCCCUGGCCUAAACCCUAAUUCCAUCUAUUUCCUCGGUGAAGGGUAUGGUGAAGGCUAUGGCGUUUACGAUAUCGCCACUAGAACCCCACGUUCCUUCAAUCCCAAGUCUUUUUCAGCUUUCUCUGAUUUAACUGAUUCACCUAAUGGCAAGGUUUACAUGCUUCCUGAUUGGGUUCCUCACUGGAUUCCUCCCUCUCCUCUCUAAAAUUGUAAUGUUAUUCGUUACUUGAUCACUCUCCACUCAUCACAUAAUCAUGACUUAUCUCACUGUACAUAAUUUGUAAGAGGACUUUUUAUUUUAGCAAAACAAAAAAAAGAGUUGAUUAAGA